AUGGCUCGCCCUUCAUUAAUACGGCGCCUCUCCCUCCGAGCGGGACCAGCACUCCAACUACGACAAAAUACCACACUAUCGAGCCGCCAUCUCGCAUAUUUCUAUACAACCUCCCAUCGCACGCUCUCACAGCCAUUGCAACAGCAGGGUCAAAUCAGACUCCCCUCAACUCAAAAACGAACAUUUCUCUCCUCCUUCAUUCCCUCGCCACCAAGUCCAAACAACAACAACAACGGAAACUCAACCAGCCGCACCCUAACAGCAACCCGAACUCUCCCGUACCCACCACAGCCCUUAUUCCGCGUAAUCUCCUCGGUCGAAUCCUACAGCGACUUCCUCCCCUUCCUCACCUCCUCAACCGUCACCGCGCGCGACCCGGAAACAAACUACCCGACGCGCGCAUACCUGACCGUCGGCUACGGGCCUCUCAGCGAGACAUUUACGUCCAAGGUUGAUUGUGACCCGAGAAAGUGGGUCGUUGAGGCGAGGUCGGGGGAGAGGUUCAGGGAUGCUACUGCAGGACGCACGGGAGGGAAUGGGGUCUCGACGGGUGGGCUGAGUUCGGGGCUUGGUGCGCUCGCUGGGUUUGCGGGGUUUCCGGGGGCGGAUGAAGGGAUUUUCGAAUAUUUGAGUACGAGGUGGGAGCUUGUUCCGGAGGGUGAGUCGAGUACAAUUGCGAGUACGGGGUCUGGUGUGCCGCCGAAGACGACGGUCAACUUGGAGAUUCGAUUCGAGUUCAAGAAUCAGAUGUAUGCGAAGAUGAUGGGGGCUGUUGAGGGGCAGAUGGCUGGGAUUAUGAUUGAGGCCUUUGAAAAGCGGAUUCGUGAGGUCCAUCGGUGA